AUGCGACCUCCACGUCUCGAGAGAGAAUUACAUACGGCCCUCUUCUUUCCAGGGCAUGGUGUCCAACGAGUGGGAAUGGCCAAUACUUGGAUGAGCCAUUUCCCUCGGACCACAGCUAGACUCCUGGAUGAGAUGGAUUCUAUUCUUGGCUUUAAGCUAUCUCAGAUCAUCCGUGAUGGUCCCAAUUCACGACUUAACCAAACCCAGAAUGCACAGCCAGCGAUUAUGGCGGUAUCUGUUCUCAUCCUUCGAAUUCUGGAGGAAGAUUUCCACUUCGAUAUUGGCUCCCGGAUUGAUGUCACUUUAGGCCACAGCCUGGGAGAGUUUGCGGCAUUAGUCGCCUCCCGCCAUCUCCAAUUUGCCGAUGCACUUCGAUUGGUUCGUCGCCGGGCCGAGGUGAUGGCUCAGUGCACACGGCGGAUGGUUGAACAAUCAGGUGAUAGCUAUGGCAUGGUGGCGCUUAUUUGUGAGCCCGAUCAUCUCGAGGGUCUGCUACGCGCCGUUUAUGAAUUUCUGGGCCUGGGGACCUCCCACCACGAUGACACCAGUCACCCCCCCAUUCCACAAGUGAUGGUGGCCAACAUAAACUCCCCCAACCAAAUCGUACUCAGCGGUAGCAUCGAAAAGAUCCGGGCCCUUCUUGUGCAGCUUCGCCAGUUCGGAGGACAUGAUCCUCGUGCCGUGAGGCUCAAAAGCGAUAGUCCCUUCCACAGCCCGGUCAUGCUUCCUGCCGCAGAUGACAUGAAGAUUGCAAUGCAAGAGGUGGAUAUAAAUUUCCCCGGCAUCAUUCCGUGCAUUUCCAACGUCUCCGCCUUACCCUUCAAAUCCAAGCAAGAUUUACAGCAUCUCUUGUCAAGGCAAUGUACUGAUACGGUACGGUGGUGGGAAAGCAUCCGUUACCUCCAUCAAAACAAAGGAGUGCAGCGGUGGAUCGGCAUUGGACCUGGCAAGGUGGGCCGGAAUCUGGUUGGCAAGGAAGUUGGAAGAGUCAACACGAAGGGCGGCGGGGUGUGGGCUAUUUGCAAUCCAAAGGAAAUGGAAGAAACACUGAAUGCUUUGGAGCAAACUGAGUCUGAAGUCUCCUGCACCUGA